AUGUGGAAUAUCGCGGGUGGCGCCGGGGGGCGGCGGGGGGCGCGUGUGUGCGCAGGGCGGGGCCGAAGGCGGACCCGUACUAACGCCGGGCCCGGCGCUCCGCAGUCCUCGCCGUUCACCCGUCUUCGCGUCGCGCGCUCGUCCCGGCCGCUCGCUCAUUCGGUGCCCGCGACUCGACCGCGCCACACGUCCGCGACGCUCAUAUCGGUACAGUGCUGUGCAGUGCUCGCUUUGACAUUUCGAGUGAUGCGAACGACGUCCGGGAACUGA